AUGACAAAACCGGCGACGUUGAUGGCGUUAACAAAAGACUCGGGGCUAUCUGAAUCCGAAGCGACUUUUACUGAAGUGAGUCGACAAAAGCUUGAACUAACAAACGGCCGUGACUACUACCGGCUUGACCAGGAUGAAGUCCUCAGUGCUCCCAUCGAGAUUGCUCGUACUCUACCGGAAGAUAUCCUCAGACUGGCAGGCUAUUAUAAGGCUGUCAGUGGAGUUGGCUACGUUGAGGACCACCAAAACCCAGUGGAGUUUAUGCAGAAGGAGGAGAAUGGGAUCGGCAAGUUUGGGCCGGCUAGCGGCAAGCUAAUGGUCUAA